AUGGGCCUGUUCAUAGUUGGGUUUUUCCUGCUUAUGUGUUGCUCUGCUUAUUGUCAUACAUUUCGAGGUGUUACUGAAUAUGGUCCAUUUAUUCGGGAUCCUGAAUUUGAAUGGAAUGAGAUGAAGAGAGCGAUAGCUGCUGAAAAAGCUCAAGAGAUAACACCCAAGGCCAAAUUCUGGAGGAGUGGGUUCGAAGCCAGGAGAGUUCCUGAGUAUCUACGUAUCCCAGCCUCUGCGGACCAAAAGGAACGGUUUAAGCCGGAGAAGGGUACUAGACCAUUGCCUGAGUCUGUCAAGCAUAUGCUGCUUGUCACUGCUGGCCCUGCAACCACUGCUACAACGAGCAAGCCAGACUCAGUUGAGCUGCUGUGCCAUGUUGAUAGAAUGUAUGUGAGAGUUAAAAGAGCGCUCUUUCAAAGUAAGACAGCAUACAAAUACUUAACACUGGGCACCUGUCCAGUUAAUGCAGCCACUGAAGAGCACUACUACCUUCUGUAUCUGCUGAAAACUAAUUGUGGAUUCAAUAGACAGAGUUAUGCGGACUAUGUGUCCUUUAACAAUGUGGUGUCCUUUAAGCCUGAUCCUACUUCUCCGAUUGUGAGGGAGCUUCCAUUCCAAAUACCUGUUCAAUGCAACUACCACAGGAUUCAUCACUCCUAUAGAGUUGGCUUCUACCCCAAGCUACAGGGAGGCACAGUCUUCAAAGGACUCAAAUCUCAAACUGGUGUGCUCCUCAUCCCUCAAGAUGCAUCAGGACAAGAGAUCACUGGAUCCAAAAUGUACACACUAGGACAGCCGAUGUAUUUUGAGGCCAAACUGUCUUACACAGCAGCCCAGACGUCUGGAGACCCAAGGGUUUAUGUUAACAAGUGCUUCGUGACGGCGACUUCGGACCCCAACUCGGCACAAAAAUAUGCAGUGAUUGACAACCAAGGUUGUAUGAUUGAUGGCAAGAUGACUGAACAGUCCAAGUUCCUUACUCACACCUCCAAGUUGAGCCAGAAGUUCCGCAUUGGUGCUUUUGUAUUUCAAGACAUGGCUUCCAAUUUGGCUUCACCAAAGCGCCUCUACAUGCACUGCGAGAUCACUUUGGGCACAACACCUCCAACUCCAAGUUGGAAAGCCUGCAAUUAUGACUCGGCUACCAAAAAGUGGAAGGAGUUGUAUGGUGACGACUCGGUGUGCAUCUGCUGUGACUCCUCCUGCUCCACAGUACUACCAAAGGCUUCCAGGGCCAUGGUCUCGAGUCAUUCUUGGCAAGUUGACUACAGCAAGCAUGAAAAAGACGAGUCUGAGCCCCAGUUCAAAUCUUUUGAACCCAACUGGAUCAACGAGGGAGACGAUGAGGACUUGCUCACCUUGUGGGAGCAUGGCUCUAAAAAGUAG